AUGGCGAGCGAGAUCCUUCUCAACAGGCACGACAGGAACAACAAGGACCGCCUUCUGAAAAACAAGGUGAGCGUGUGCCUUCUGAAAAAUAAGAAUGCAAGCACAUAUUGUGAAGCAGGCACCAAGUCUCAGAGCUGGCCUCGUUUCAAUCAUACAUCACACAAAUUCACCACGCGUGUGGCUCCGUCACCCGCCGCGAGCGCGGCCGCAGCUCACCCGGCCGCCGUUGCUCGGCCGCCGCUGCAUGCUCCGGUGCUGUGCCGCCCGACGCGCCCGCCAGAGCUGCGCCAGUCAGUUCGCCCACCCGUCCUCGCAGCGCGCUGCCCGACCAUCGCCCCCCCCACCCGCCGCCUGGUGCGCCUCCUAUCGCGAGCGCGGCGCUCGCCGCGAGCGCGGCCGCAGCUCAUCCGGCCGCCGCUGCUCGGCCCCCGCCCGCCACCCGGCGCGCCGCCGGCCACGAGCGCGGCGCCCGACGCGCGUGCGGCUCCGUCGCCCACGGCCGCAGCUCACCCGGGCGUCGCUGCUCGGCCGCCGCUGCCCACCCCAGUGCUACGCCGCCUGUCGCGCCCGCCGGAGCUACGCAAGUCCGCUCGCCCACCCGUCCUUGCAGCGCGCUGCCCAACCAUCGCCCGCCACCCAUCGCCCGACGCGCCUCCCGCCGCGAGCGCGGUCGCAGCUCACCCGGUCGCCGCUGCUCGGCCACCGCCCGCCGUCCGCCGCCCGGCGCGCCUCCCGCCGCGAGCGCGGCCGCAACUCACCUCACCGCCAGCCAUGAGCGCGAUGCCCAACGCCGGUGCCAGAGCCGUGAGACUGUCGCCGUAG